CUUGUCCUUGUGGUGUGUGUUGCUGUCGCUUCUGUUGCUGCUGGUCCUCCUCCUGGUGCUCGUCGUUGUCCUCGUGGUUUAGGCCAUGGUCAAGUUUGGCCUUCAUCUCAAGGCCAACACCAUCGAAGAGUGGAAGAGCAAGUAUGUGCAGUACGAUGAGCUGAAGAAUCAGCUCAAGCUCAUCAAAAAGUCACUGAACGACAUGGACGCAGCCGGCCACUUGCUCUCGGUCACCUUUGAUCCGCCCGAGCUGCCAGAGAUCGACAACGGGUUGUGGGAGGGCGGGGAUGACGAGCAGCGGCCUGGAUCGUCGCUCUAUCGGCCACCGCCGACAGACUUCCAGAUCCUCUCUGAUCUUGAGAGCACCGGCGAGAAGAGCCCGCGGGAUGCCUUUCCGCCCGAGUCGCUGCCGUCGGCCGAGCUUGCCGCGGCGCGGCUGCGGCUGGCGAGCGGAGCCGAAGAGAGCGAGAGCGGCGAGCCUCCGGAGCGCCGGGUCUCGUUCAUUCCACCGGAAGACUCUGGCGCAAGCACGGGUACGCCGGCCGGGACAGGGCGGACUGAGAGCGCACAGGCGGCACUCCUGGCGUCGUACCGACAGUACUUGUCGGACGCGCGGGUCGACGCGUCCGAGCGGUUCUCGAUGGCCGAGGCCAUCCGUAAGGAGCACAAGGCCUUUUUCAGCAUGCUCAAGGACGACCGCAAGUACAUCGAGCGGCUCAAGGAGAUCACGCUUGUGUCGGAAAUUGUCAUGUCUGACGAGACGCCGACGGACGUCAACGACGUCCAUUCCCUCAAGCUGGCGUACAUUGAGGUGUACCGCGGCUUCCUCCUGCUGUACAACUACGCCACGCUCAACUACACCGGUAUCUACAAACUGACCCGAAAGCACGACCGGUUCACCGGCAUCGCCGUGUGGCACAAGUACAUGGACACGGUGGAGCAGAUGGCGUUCCACGCGCGGGCGGCGCACCUCCAGGUCAUUGCCGAGGACAUUGUCCACAUCUACGGCGCGCUCUUUACCGAGAACAACCUCGAACGGGCGCGGCGGCACCUGACAGCCCGCCGGCAGGCGCCGCGCAAGUCGUUCCGCGAUGUCUACUCGCUCGGCCUCUUUAUGGGCAUGUGCAUUCCGCUCGUCUGGCAGCUCAUUCUCAUUGUGACGGUGAACCAGUCGCAAGCGCACUGGAAUCAGGACGCAUUCUUUGCAUCGCUGCCCAUCUUCCGAUGCACGUCGCUUCUCAUCCUCACACGAGUCAACUACGCGUUCAUCAUGGAGCUCUCGCCGCGGCACACCAUGACGCUCUCUGAGCUCCUUCGGUUCGCCUCUAUGCUCUCGGUAGUGUGGCUCUCGUUCUUCACCAUGUUCCUCACCUCGAUCCGGUCCGGGUUCAACCCGAUCUCGUUCCUCUCGCCGCACUGGUACCCGAUGCUCAUGCUGGUCCUUCUUCUCGGGCCCGUUGCGCCGUUUGGCGAGAUCCGAUUCUCCGACUUUCUCAUCGGCGAUAUCCUCACGUCGCUGGUCAAGGUCCUCUACGACCUCGAGUACACGGUGUGCUUCUACGUGACCGGCUCGUGGGAGUCGAACGUGUACGACACAUGCCAGAAGAACAACAAGCUGUACGCGCUCCCGGUCCUCACCGGCCUGCCCAUGUUCUGGCGGAUGAUGCAGUGCCUCCGGCGGUUCAACGAUCAGCGGCAGAUCGAGCAUCUCUUCAACGCGCUCAAGUAUGCGGUCGGCUUCACCGCGGUCACCUAUGGCGGCCUCUUCCAGCGCUACCACUCGGCGCUCGGCGACUGGUCGACACAAAAAGUGCUCUGGGUUGUCCUUCUCGCCCUUGCCGCCACGUACAAGUACCUGUGGGACGUGGUUAUGGAUUGGGGCCUGGUCCAGUUCUCCGGCGGGCGGCUCAAGCUGCGGACGGCCUUCCACAUCUCGCCGAGUUGGCUCUACUUUGCCAUUUUCACCAACCUCAUCGGCCGGUUUGUGUGGAUGCUCACCAUUGUGACGGUGCCCAUCACAACGGCGUUCAACCCGAACCUCUUUGUCUUCCUCCUUGCCUUUAUCGAGAUCCUGCGGCGGACGCAGUGGAUCAUCUUCCGGCUUGAGAACGAGCAUGUGAGCAACUGCGGCAACUUUCGCGCAGUCCACGACAUCCCGCUCCCGUUCCACCCAGGCACGACCGAGCCAGUCAUGCGCGCGUUCAAGUCACUCACUAUCACCUCGCUCAUCCGCCGCUCCAAGCAAGCGGUCAAGCGCAUGCGGUCGCGAAACAACAACAGCCGCGGCGACGACCUCCUUGCCCUGCCCGAUCCUGCGUCGGCCGACGCCGUCGGCAGCCAGUCGGUCCCUGUCUCGCCCAUCCACUCGGCGCACCACACGCCGCGGUCGAAAUUCACUGGUCCGCUCCCGCACUCAGAGUCGACGCCGCUGCUGGCCGGCUCGACGCCGGGCUCGAUCCAGGAGGCCAAGCGGCGGAAGACACCUCCACCACCGGUUGUGAUUCCAGGCGGCGCAGGCGCGGGCGCGGGCGCAGGCGCGGGCGCGGGUGCAGGUACCGGCAGCGCGGGCUCGCCGGUUAUGUACCGGCCGUAUCAUGAGUUUAUGCGCGCAACCGGGCGGACAAUUCCGUCAGAAGCCCGAUCUCCGUACGGCAUGACGCAGAGCGUAGGCGGGGCUGGCAGCGGCCGUCGCUCGUCGUUGGCGCAUGCUGCAUCACAAAGCCAUGUCCCUCAGAGCAUCCGCUACGCCGAGACGCCGAGCGCGCUCGCAACAUCGGUCUCGACCUCGCACGUGCACGACGGACGGCUGGCGUCGCCGAUUCGGCGGCGCGGGCCGGCGACGGGCAUGUCGACGGCGUCGCUCUCGCCAAGCCAGCGGUCGCGGUCCAAGUCGCAGUCACGAGCCACUGCGCCACGGACCAAGCCGCGGCAGCGGUCGAGCUCGCGCGAGCGGGUGUCGCGAGUUGGCCCGGCGUCGCACUACGAUGUCGACUCCAUCUCGUCAGGCUCGUACACGGGCUCGUAUCACUCGCACGAGGAGGACCACCUCCGCGAUAUGCGGCGGAAGCACCGCAAGCUCGCUCGUAAGGCCGACCGGCAGCGCGACGAGCGCAUUCCGCGGCUUGCGCUCGCUGCUGUCGGCUCGCCAUACGAGCCGGCGGUGACCAACGAGCUCCGCAACCCGCGCCCGGUGACAACGACCGGCGCGUCUGCUGACGCCCACAGCGGGUUCUUCAACUUUAGUCCGGAGCGUAGUCCCGGGCGGGCAUCGCCGCGCGGAAGCGUGAACCACGCGUCGGCUCUCAGCCGGCCUUCCGACGACGGCGGCUCACAUGGCUCGAUGACGGCGCGGUCCGAGCCUGCGCCUGCAGCGUCGUCUGCGCGCGACGUCGACGCUGGCAGCGGGGGUGCUGGCGAGCGCGUCGAGAGCAAUGGCCCGCAGGUGAGCGUCAAUUGA